AGCUGAGCUUUCGGCAUGAGCAGCGAUGCCGAGAUGGCCCAGUAUGGGCCGGCGUCCAUCUUUCUCCGUAAACCUGAGAAGGAGCGAGUAGAGGCUCAGAACCGGCCUUUCGAUGCUCGGACCGCCUGCUUUGUGCCCGAUGCCAAAGAGCUGUACAUCAAAGGAGUGAUCCAGAAGAGGGACGGAGAACAAGUCACCGUGAAGACAGCAGCUGAUGAGAUUGUAACAGUCAAAGAGGAAGACGUACACCCAAUGAAUCCUCCGAAGUACGAUAAGAUCGAGGACAUGGCGAUGAUGACGCACCUGAACGAGCCGUCCGUGCUGUUUAACCUCAAAGAGCGUUACGCAGCCUGGAUGAUUUAUACCUACUCAGGGCUCUUCUGUGCCACCGUAAAUCCCUACAAGUGGCUGCCAGUUUACGAACCACAGGUGGUGGCAGCCUACAGAGGGAAGAAGAGGAUGGAGGCUCCCCCCCAUAUUUUCUCCGUCUCUGAUAACGCAUAUCAAAAUAUGCUCACAGAUCGUGAGAACCAGUCUGUCCUGAUCACUGGAGAAUCUGGUGCAGGAAAGACCGUCAACACCAAACGUGUCAUCCAGUACUUUGCGACAAUCGCAGUGGCUGGAGGAGACAAGAAAGAGCACUCGUCUGGCAAAAUACAGCUGAUCUCUUCACAGGGGACGCUGGAAGAUCAAAUCAUUUCAGCAAAUCCCCUGCUUGAAGCUUUUGGGAACGCCAAAACCGUGAGGAACGACAACUCCUCACGAUUUGGUAAAUUCAUCAGAAUUCACUUUGGAACCACAGGAAAACUGGCUUCUGCUGAUAUUGAAACCUAUUUGCUGGAGAAGUCGAGAGUGACGUUCCAGCUGACUGAAGAGAGGAGCUAUCACAUCUUCUAUCAGAUUAUGACGGGACACAAACCGGAGCUCAUCGAAAUGCUUCUGAUUACAACAAACCCGUAUGACUUCCCGUUGAUCAGUCAGGGUCAGAUCGCUGUGGCCAGCAUCGACGACAGAGAAGAGCUGCUGGCUACUGAUACUGCCACUGAUAUCCUGGGCUUCACCAACGAAGAGAAAGUCGGCAUCUACAAGCUCACAGGUGCAGUGUUGCAUUAUGGGAACAUGAAGUUCAAACAGAAGCAGCGAGAGGAGCAGGCGGAGCCCGACGGCACCGAGGUGGCAGACAAAGUGGCUUUCCUCAUGGGGCUGAACUCUGCUGACUUGUUGAAGGGUCUCUGUUACCCUCGAGUCAAAGUCGGGAAUGAAUAUGUGACCAAAGGCCAGACGGUCCCACAGGUCACCAAUGCGGUCGGAGCACUGGCUAAGUCAGUGUACGAGAAGAUGUUUCUGUGGAUGGUGAUCAGGAUCAAUGAGAUGCUUGACACGAAGCAGCCGAGGCAGUUCUUCAUCGGCGUGUUGGACAUCGCAGGGUUUGAAAUAUUUGAUUUUAACAGCAUGGAGCAGCUCUGCAUCAACUUCACCAACGAGAAGCUGCAACAGUUUUUCAACCACCACAUGUUCGUGCUGGAACAAGAAGAGUACAAGAAAGAGGGAAUCGACUGGGAGUUCAUUGACUUUGGGAUGGACUUAGCAGCUUGCAUCGAGCUCAUUGAGAAGCCGAUGGGGAUCUUCUCCAUCCUGGAGGAGGAGUGCAUGUUCCCCAAAGCCUCGGACACGUCCUUUAAGAACAAACUGUACGACCAACACAUGGGGAAGAACAUGGCCUUCCAGAAACCGAAGGUGGUCAAAGGGAAGCCUGAAGCUCACUUCUCAUUGCUCCAUUAUGCCGGCAAUGUGGACUACAACAUCAGCGGCUGGCUGGAGAAGAACAAAGACCCUUUGAACGAGUCAGUGGUUCAACUGUACCAGAAGUCUCCCAUGAAGCUCCUUGCCUACCUGUAUGCUUCAUUUUCAGGAGGUGACGCAGACUCUGGCGGAGACGGUGCAGGAGGGAAAGGUGGAAAGAAAGGAGCGAAGAAGAAGGGCGGCUCCUUUCAGACGGUGUCGGCUGUUUUCAGGGAAAAUCUUGGAAAACUAAUGACAAACUUGAGAAGCACACACCCUCACUUUGUGCGCUGCCUGAUUCCCAAUGAGAUCAAAACUCCAGGUAUCAUGGAUAAUCACCUGGUGAUCCAUCAGCUGCGUUGUAACGGCGUUCUGGAGGGGAUCAGGAUCUGUAGGAAAGGAUUUCCCAGCAGGAUCCUGUAUGCUGACUUCAAGCAGAGAUACAGAAUCCUGAAUGCCAGUGCGAUCCCUGAGGGCCAGUUCAUCGAUGGAAAGAAAGCUUCUGAGAAGCUUCUCGGAUCGAUCGAUCUGGAUCACACUCAGUACAGAUUUGGUUCAACAAAGGUGUUCUUUAAAGCUGGUCUACUCGGCACUCUUGAAGAGCUGCGAGAUGAAAAACUGGUGUCUCUGGUGACUCAGACUCAGGCGCUGUGUCGUGGUUACGUCAUGAGGAAAGAAUACAACAGCUUAAUCGUACAGAAAGAUUGUGUCUGGAUUCUGCAGUAUAAUCUGCGUUCCUUCAUGAACGUGAAACACUGGCCGUGGAUGAAGCUGUUUUUCAAAAUAAAACCGCUUCUGAAGAGCGCUGAGACUGAGAAGGAGAUGGCGACCAUGAAAGAAGACUUUGUCAAAUGUAAAGAGGAUCUGUCAAAGUUAGAGUCCAAGAGGAAGGAGCUCGAAGAGAAGAUGGUUUCUCUGCUGCAGGAGAAAAAUAAUCUCCUGCUCCAAGUUCAAUCAGACUCGGAGAAUCUGUGCGAUGCCGAGGAGAGGUGUGAAGGACUCAUUAAGAGUAAGAUCCAGCUGGAGGCCAAACUCAAAGAGGUGACCGAGCGGCUGGAGGACGAGGAGGAGAUGACGGCUGAGCUGACGGCCAAGAAGAGGAAGCUGGAGGACGAGUGUUCGGAGCUGAAGAAAGACAUCGACGACCUGGAGAUGACGCUCGCUAAAGUGGAGAAGGAGAAGCACGCCACAGAAAACAAGGUUAAAAACCUGAUGGAGGAGCUGGCCGGUCAGGAUGAAAACUUGGGCAAACUGACCAAGGAGAAGCGAGCGCUGCAGGAGGCUCAUCAGCAGGCGCUGGAUGAUCUUCAGGCUGAAGAAGACAAAGUGAACUCUCUGAGCAAAGCCAAGACCAAGCUCGAGCAACAAGUUGACGACCUGGAGGCGUCUCUGGAACAAGAGAAGAAGAUCCGGAUGGAUCUGGAGCGAGCGAAGAGGAAGCUGGAGGGAGAUCUGAAACUGUCCCAGGAGUCCAUCAUGGAUCUGGAGAAUGACAAACAACAAUCUGAGGAGAAGAUUAAGAAGAAAGAGUUUGAGAACAAUGACCUGCUCAGUAAAAUAUCCGACGAGCAGGCGAUCAAUAACCAGCUGCAGAAGAAGAUGAAGGAGCUGCAUGCUCGUAUUGAAGAGCUAGAAGAGGAAGUGGAGGCUGAACGAGCUAUGCGGGCGAAGAUCGAGAAGCAGCGCUCCGACCUCUCACGGGAGAUCGAGGAGAUCAGCGAGCGUCUGGAGGAGGCAGGAGGAGCGACCGCCGCUCAGAUCGAGAUGAACAAAAAGAGGGAGGCGGAGUUUUUGAAGCUUAGACGAGACCUGGAGGAGUCGACGCUGCACCACGAGGCCACCAACGCAGCGCUGAGGAAGAAGCAGGCGGACAGCAUGGCCGAGCUCGGCGAGCAGAUCGACAACCUGCAGAGAAUCAAACAGAAACUGGAGAAGGAGAAGAGCGAGCUGAAGAUGGAGGUCGACGACCUAGCCGUCAACAUGGAGACUGUGGCUAAAACGAAGGUGAACUUGGAGAAAACGUGCCGCUCCUUUGAAGAUCAGCUUAUAGAGCUGAAGACCAAGAACGAGGAAUGCAUGCGACAAAUCAACGAUCUGUCCAAUCAGAGGGCUCGAUUCCAGACCGAGAACGCGGAGUUUUCCCGGCAGAUGGAGGAGAGAGAGAGUCUGAUAUCUCAGCUGACGAGAGGGAAACAAGGAUUCACCACUCAGAUUGACGAGUUAAAGCGUCUAUUCGAGGAGGAGACGAAGGCGAAGAACGCUCUGGCUCACAGUGUGCAGUCUGCCCGUCAUGACUGCGACCUCCUGCGGGAGCAGUACGAGGAGGAGCAGGAGGCGAAGGCGGAGCUGCAGAGGACUUUAUCCAAAGCCAACACGGAGGUGGCUCUGUGGAGGAACAAGUACGAGACCGACGCCAUCCAGAGGACGGAGGAGCUGGAGGAGGCCAAAAAGAAGCUGGCUCAGCGUCUGCAGGAGGCCGAGGAGCAGAUUGAGGCGAUCAACUCUAAAUGUGCGUCUCUGGAGAAAACCAAGCAGCGUCUGCAGAAUGAGAUGGAGGAUCUGAUGGUGGACGUGGAGAGAUCCAACAGCUUAGCCGCUACGCUCGAUAAGAAGCAGAGGAACUUUGAUAAGAUUCUGGCUGAGUGGAAGCAGAAGUUUGAGGAGUCUCAGGCCGAGCUGGAGAGUUCUCAGAAAGAGUCUCGCUCUCUGAGCACGGAGCUGUUCAAACUGAAGAACUCGUACGAAGAAGCUCUCGAUCACCUGGAGACCAUGAAGAGGGAGAACAAAAACCUGCAGCAGGAGAUCGCCGACCUGACGGAACAACUCGGGGAGAGCGGGAAGACAGUCCAUGAACUUGAGAAAUUCAAGAAGACGGUGGAGACGGAGAAAUAUGACAUGCAGACCUCUCUGGAGGAAGCUGAGGCCACUCUGGAGCAGGAGGAGUCCAAGAUCCUCCGGGCUCAGAUGGAGCUGAACCAGGUGAAGGCGGAGGUGGACAGGAAGUUGGCGGAGAAGGAGGAGGAGAUGGAGCAGCUGAAGAGGAACCAGCAGAGAGUGAUGGAGUCCAUGCAGAACACGCUGGACUCCGAGGUCCGCAGCAGGAACGACGCUCUGAGACUGAAGAAGAAGAUGGACGGAGACCUGAACGAGAUGGAGAUCCAGCUGAGCCACGCCAACAGGCAGGCUGCCGAGUCCCAGAAACAGCUGAGGAACCUACAGGGACAACUCAAAGACGCUCAGAUCCACCUGGACGACUCUCUGCGAGGACACGACGACAUGAAGGAGCAGGUCGGCAUGAUGGAGCGAAGAACCACCCUGAUGCAGGCGGAGAUCGAGGAGCUGCGAGCCGUCGUCGAGCAGAGCGAGCGUAGCCGCAAACUAGCCGAACAGGAGCUGGUCGACACCAGCGAGAGGGCGGGGCUUCUGCACUCUCAGAACACAAGUCUCCUAAACACCAAGAAGAAGCUGGAGGCCGACGUGACUCAGUUUCACUCUGAGAUCGAAGAAGCCGUUCAGGAGGCGAGAAACGCAGAGGAGAAGGCCAAAAAGGCCAUCACUGACGCGGCCAUGAUGGCGGAGGAGAUGAAGAAGGAGCAGGACACGUGUGCUCACCUGGAGAGGAUGAAGAAGAACCUGGAGGUGACGGUGAAGGACCUGCAGCACCGACUGGACGAGGCCGAAAACCUCGCCAUGAAGGGCGGGAAGAAGCAGCUGCAGAAGCUGGAAGCUCGGGUCCGUGAGCUGGAGACGGAGCUGGAGGCCGAACAGAAACGCUCCUCGGACGCCAUCAAAGGAGUCCGAAAGUAUGAGAGGAAAAUCAAAGAGCUCUCCUACCAGGCUGAUGAAGACAAAAAAAACAACAUCAGACUGCAGGACUUGGUGGACAAACUGCAGAUCAAGAUGAAGGCGUACAAACGGAACGCUGAGGAGGCUGAGGAGCAGUGUAACGUGCACAUGGCGAGGUUCAGGAAGGCUCAGCACGAGCUGGAGGAGGCUGAAGAGAGAGCCGAUGUAGCCGAGUCUCUGGCCAACAAGAUGAGAGUCAAGAGCAGAGAAAUAGGAGCAAAGGCUCAGGAAGGACCGGGCGAGUAGCUGAGAGUCGGACAGGACUUAAAGAUGUGCAUGAUGAAACGUGUGUUUGAAAACAAAUAACAAAACCGUAGUUUAUAGUUUUAACAAAGUUUAACAUUUUGAACUAUAAUAUCAGUGAAUCAAAUGAGAAAAGGUUUUGAUUGACCCUAACCCCGAACACAAAUAUAGAUGAAGUGACAUAUUGAAUCAUGACAUGCAAUCCCAUUCUAACAGUGAACUAAAUAUAAACACAAAAAUAUCUUUAUUAGAAAAACAACAACAAAUAAAACUACAAACAACUGUCACAAUACUAAUGAGAUUUAAAUAAUAAAAAUUAAAAAUACAUUGUUGUUUAAUGGCCCUUUAUCUGAAUUAUUGUCUCUUCUAGCUGUUGUGUCAAGUCCUUUUAUUUAUCCUCAGUGAAUCCAUUCAUUAAUUCAUUCAUCCAUAAUGAUUCAAAAACAAAGAAACAGCCACUGAGGCUUCAGCAUCACUGACUCACACUGUGUAUGGAAACCUGAUCCUUUGAAAUGUGUUUAAAUUAAAAUGAUAAAGCCAACAAUAAUAAUUCCACUAACACAAACUGUAGUUUCCCCUCAUUUCUCAAACCACAUUUUAAUGUCUCCUUAGCUGCUCUUUCUCUUUUCUUGUCUUCAGUUUGAGAAAACAAAUAAAUAUCAUAUUAAA